AAUCCUAGUAAGAGCAGUUCCUGGAGGUGUGCUUUGACCAGGAGACGCGCAGUGACUCGCAUCUCUUCUCUCCCUGUGCAGUGGGUUAUCAUCGAACAGGCAUGCUAUACGUACUCCUUGGUGGUGGUGCCGCUCUACGACACGCUGGGAACUGAAGCUAUUACUUACAUUGUGAACAAAGCUGACUUGUCAUUGGUUUUCUGUGACAAACCUGACAAGGCCAAGCUUCUGCUAACCAGUGUGGAAAAGGGGGAGACUCCAGUCCUCAACACCAUUGUUAUCAUGGAGCCUUUUGGUGUAGACCUUGUGGAACGUGGCAAAAAGUGUGGGGUAGAAAUCUUCAGCAUGAGAGAAAUAGAGGAGCUGGGAAGAGUACACAGGCAAAAACCUAUGCCUCCAAAGCCAGAAGAUCUAGCAGUGAUCUGUUUCACCAGUGGAACGACAGGAAACCCCAAAGGAGCUAUGAUAACUCAUCAAAACAUAGUCAGCAAUACUUCAGCUUUUGUGAAAGCUACAGAGAGUGCAUUUUUAUUGAAUCCCAGUGAUACACACUAUUCCUUUUUGCCUCUUGCACACAUGUUUGAAAGGUUGGUUGAGUGUGUGGUUCUAUGCCAUGGAGCUCGGAUAGGAUUCUUCCAAGGGGAUAUCAGGCUACUUAUGGAUGACCUAAAAACGCUGCAGCCAACUGUAUUUCCUGUAGUACCGCGACUGUUGAACAGAAUGUUUGACAGGAUUUUUGGACAGGCAAAUACAUCACUGAAGAGGUGGAUGCUGGAUUUUGCUUCAAAGAGGAAAGAAGCAGAACUGAGAAGUGGUAUAAUAAGAAAUAACAGUUUCUGGGAUAAACUUAUCUUCCGCAAAAUACAGGCAAGUUUAGGAGGAAAAGUAAGGCUGAUGGUCACGGGAGCAGCACCUGUAUCUGCAAGCGUCCUGACCUUCCUAAGAACAGCUCUAGGUUGUCAGUUCUAUGAGGGUUACGGACAGACUGAAUGCACAGCUGGAUGUUCGCUGUCACUGCCUGGUGACUGGACAGCAGGUCAUGUUGGAGCUCCGAUGCCGUGUAAUAAGGUAAAGCUUGUUGAUGUAGAAGAAAUGAAUUACUUGGCUGCCAAAGGAGAGGGUGAGGUGUGUGUGAAAGGGCCAAACGUCUUUUCUGGUUAUUUGAAAGAUCCAGAGAAAACAGCAGAGGCUCUUGACAAAGAUGGCUGGCUUCAUACAGGAGAUAUUGGGAAAUGGCUACCUAAUGGUACACUGAAGAUCAUUGACCGGAAAAAACACAUAUUUAAACUGGCCCAGGGAGAGUACAUAGCACCAGAGAAAAUAGAGAAUGUGUACCUGAGAAGUGAACCUCUUGCUCAGGUGUUUGUCCAUGGAGAGAGCCUGCAGGCCUUCUUAAUAGCUGUUGUGGUACCUGAUCCAGAGACUUUGAGCAAUUGGGCCAAGAAAAGGGGAUUUGAAGGUUCAUACGAAGAGCUAUGCAGAAACAAGGACCUCAAAAAUCUCAUUCUGGAAGACAUGGUGAGAAUUGGGAAAGAAUUUGGCUUGAAGUCAUUUGAACAGGUCAAAGACAUUGCCCUACAUCCAGAAAUGUUUUCCAUUGAAAAUGGGCUGCUGACACCAACACUGAAGGCCAAGAGACCAGAACUACGAAAAUAUUUCAAGUCACAGAUAGAUGAACUCUAUGCUAAUGCCAAAAUGUAACUGAGAAUGGAUUGAGGAAAGUGGCACACAUCUGAUGUCUACUGUUGACCUUCAUAUCUGUAAUUCGACUACAGCAAACAUAAGGAAGGAAACUGUGCAAUCAUUAACUUGUACAACAAUGGGUACUUGCCAUAGGAACAUUGAAGAAAUGGAACACUGCCUUACUGUCAAGUUGUGUUGCAUAUUGUUUUUAUGGUGACCUGCAAUUUCCAAAAAAGAGCCUUAACUAUAAAAUGGUAACUAUGUGUAAGUUAUUUAAGAUUUACUUGGCCAAAAAUGGGACUCUCCUUAACCAAGGAGCUAAGGUAUUUUUUUCUUAUUAUUGCCAGCAUGUUUGCUGUCUGCAGUGUAUCUUGCGGUUGUCAACCCCAAACGGAUUUGGUAGGUUUGAAACACCUCUAAGUAUGUUGCACCCGGGG